AUGCAGCCGCGCAAAGCCGUCGUGCGCGCGGUGCACUCGGCGUGGCAAGCCCUGUAUCUACAGCCAAUGCCGCAAGAUAGGGCGCCCGUCACAGAACGCAGUCUCCGCUUUACUUCGCCCUCGAUCAACCAAAACGAUAUUCGCGCCACGGCGAACGGCGAAUCAAGUGGAAGCCAAGGCUUUAUGGCUGCCGAUGGUGGCGCCGGCGACACCAACCAUCGAGACAGCGGUUCCUUGGCAUCGUCUUUGGCCAAGAGCACCGCUAUGCUGGAUAACGCGUGGCAAGAUUCCAUCGAUGUCGCCAAUGACAUGGUCGACGUUGAUAUCAUCCACGCCGCCGACGCGGCCCAGGGUGAGACACCUGCGCUGGACUGGGAAGACAUGGACCGCUUCCUGAGCAGCAGCCUCGGUAGCCAUCGCCUUCCCAAUUACGCCAACCUGUAUGAGCGCCAAGACCAUCAUGAAUACGGCCAAGACACUCAAGUUUCUGACGCAUCUUCCCUCACCUUUACCGCGCCCUUGCUCCCGUCUCUCGCCAUGUCCUCAGCGCCUGAUAGCCCUGUGAGCCCGCCAACCAUCGUCUCGACUGGCGCCUCAGGUCCCCGCCCGCUCUCUUCCAGCUACUUCACGGCAGCUGAACACGGAGCUCCUCCUCUUCACCACAAGCGGCAGCAUCAUCCCCAUACCUCCUCGUUUGCCAGCCCCAUCCCAUCUCCGUGCUCCGAUGCCAACAGCGCCAGGCGUCAAGCCUGGCAGAGACUGCGCCCCGAGGAGCGCAAUAAUAGCCUCCCGCCAGCUACCAUCACGCAGUGUAGCAGCUCUGGCAGCGGCAAUAAUCCGUCUCCGUUGACGAGAGCGCGCUGCAGGCUAGACUGCCAUGUAAAGCUGAUCCGCCAGCUCGACUACAUCUCCGAGUCGCGGACCAGCAAGGCCAGCAGGUUGCCAUUGGACUCGCUGCUCACUAUAGAUAGCCACGUUCGGCUGGAGCACGACAAGAUUCUCGGGUGCAACGCUUGCAUGGCGCCGUCGCGCGCCAAUCAAACUUUGAUGAUGGUCGCGACCGUGCUCACCAAUCUCCUGGACCUCUUCGAGCAGGGCUGCACAGCCCGCAUGUACGGCGCCAGCAGCCAAGACUCGAGCCCGCGCGCUAGCCUGCCUGGCCGCAGACGCACGGCUUCGUUGAGCGGCCACCCAUCUACUUCUGGGAGCAGCGGCAGCAGCAUCCCCCGGGCGGACGACAACUGCCCGUUGCUGAUCGGCCAGCUUGUACUGGACGACGACGUCAAGUACUCAUGCUCGCGACAGCUGCUCAAGAUGUUCCUGGAGCGUCAGAUUCGCAUCGUCAGCCAUUUGAACGAGCUGACAAUACAGUUUGGCGCGCGAGACGCCAUGUUAAAGGUCACCAUGGGCCUACUUUGCGACAUAACAAAACGCGUACAUUAUUUUCUCGGUACACUAGCGAUAUCAGAGUCACCUGUGGUGGUAGCGACUCUCGGCACUACGCUGACGUAG